CUGCUCUCCGUGCAAGGAAGGAAGUCAAGACACUCACUGGCGGUGAACACAAAGGAGCAAGAUUGGCUGAAACCCCCUCCAGCGGCUGUCGCUAUCCGUAUCUACGUCAAAGCCGGAGCGUAGGAGCGCCAGUCAACAUGCUGCGUGGUUUGGACCAAAUGGCGACCCUUGACGGGAGGGUGGAAGACGUUUACGAGGUAGGCCAUGAGCUGGGGAAAGGAGCCUUCUCGGUGGUGAAGCACGGCAGGCAUCGAGAAACGGGCGAAAAUGUUGCAAUAAAAAUCAUCGCUGCAGCAACGUUCGAAGGCAACAAGCGAGCUCAGGAGGCGAUACGAGUGGAAGUCGAGGCGAUGCAGCGAAUACGAGAGCAGAUCAACAACCCGUCCUUGAUCGUGAUGAUCGGGGUGUUCAGCGACCCCUCCAAGGUGUCGAUCGUUCUCGAGGAGCUGAACGGUGAGGGAGGCUUCAUUACUAAUACAGUGAAAUACAGAGAGUAGCACCGCCAUAACUGCCUGCACCAUCGCACUUCACAACGAAUAUCACGGCGUUGUACGCGUCCUUUCUCUAAUUGAUCUAUAUCUCAUUUCUGUAUAUAUUUCUCUUCUGUGUUUCUCUUUGUUGUGCCCCGUAGACAAGCACGUAGCACGGACGUAAUACUUGUUUGGGCUUUGCACAAGCACGGGGCGUGACACCCCGUUCGGUGGUGGUGAACCGAAACAACCAGAUUAUUUCAUUGUCUUCGACCAGGGUAGGUCCACAAUCUAACCGUUGCGCCCGAACUUCGAAGCGCUCACAUGCAUUGAAGCCCGUCUGCGCGGGUAGCGGGUGGUAGUCAAGGC